UCUCUCUCGAAUCCCAGAUCUUUGGCCAUUAUAAACUUGCUACUUCAACUGUCUUGGCAGUGCUUAAGCCUUAGCCGAUCCAUUCCGGCCCCCAUCUUCACAUAUCUGAUCGUCACACCAUCACAGAUGUCAUUUGCUCCUCCCUCCGGGCCCCCACCACCUUCAGUACCUGAAGGAUGGAAAGCCCAGUUCGACGACCGAUAUAAGCAAUGGUUCUUUGUAGAUCUACGCACCGGCAGAUCACAAUGGGAACGUCCCGAGGGUCCAACCUACCAGGAAGACUCGCAGAGACCACCCAGCGGGCCACCGCCCUCCCACGAUGCCUCUGGUCCUGGUGAUCGACCUAGUUCAGCGGCCGCCGGCGGCGACAAGAAACCUCUAGGCUCAAGGAAUCCGUACAACAGCCAGCCGGAUUCUACAUUAGAGAGCGAUGCCCGCUUAGCAGCUCAGCUACAAGCUGAAGAAGAAGCCCAGGCUCGUCGCAGAAGUCCGAUACCACCAGCACAGGCACAAUCUGGCGCUGCGUCCGAUUACUAUGCCGAGAACUCCUCUUCCCGCGUGCAGUCCCCCCAGGGACCAUCAACGUCACCUGCGCCGAAACAGGAGCGGAGCAGGGGUCUCUUGGGCAAACUGAUGGGAAGACACUCUGGCGGUAGUAGCAGUGGUGGUGGUGCGGGUUACAGUCGGCCACCGCAGCAAGCAGCCUAUGGGUAUCCUCAGGCUGGAUACGGUGGCUAUCCUCCUCCACAGCAGGCCGGGUAUGGUUAUCCUUCGUAUCCGGCACAGGGUGGCUAUUAUGCACAGCAGCAGGCGCCGCAGCGGCGACACAAUGGGAUGGGAACUGCGGGGGCUGCGGCGUUAGGUGUGGGGGGUGGUCUACUAGGUGGAUUCUUGUUGGCGGAUGCUGUUGAGGAUCUUGGACAUGACUUUGAUGGUCCUCCUCCGGGUGAUUAUGAUGGUGGUGGUUUUGAUGGAGGGGAUUUCGGUGGUGAUGACUUUGGGGGUGAUUUCUAAGGGUGUUGUCGUGUAUGGUGAGCUACGCUGGAAGGGGGCGAUUGAUGAGUUAUGAGCAUUGGGAGGUUAGCAGUUGUUGACUACUCUUGUUCUCUGUUGGGGUUUCUUCUGUUGCUUCUGGCUUGCUUGCUUACUUUCGGACUAUCGUCGUCUUCUAUGUAGAUAGUAUUAAUUUCCCAUAGCCUAAUGUGUUAUGAAGAUGCAUGAAAGAA